UGGGUGUUUCCGCAUUCCGCAGAGAACUGUCAGCCAGAAGCGCGAGUUGGAGAGGGGGACUGUCGCGUCUGUGUGCACAAACCUCCUCAGUAAUUCCCAGAGGAAUAGCGGUCCGUCGCCAGGGGAGCAGGGAUGCCUUACAUGUUCAUCAGCACGCAGAUCCGAUUGGAGAACGGUCCAACAAAUGUGGGAGAUGAAUAUUCUGAUCCAGUUGUCAUGAAUUACCUGGGAGCAAGGAAAACAACCAUGCUGGGAAACAAUUUUUCCGAGUACCAUGUGGAUGACCCUCCUCGCCUGGUGUUGGACAAGUUGGAGAAGAUCGGCUUCCGCGUGCUGACGAUGACGGGGGUGGGACAGACGCUGGUGUGGUGCAUCCACAAGGAGACGGAGUGAUCAGACUGUUGACUGUAUAAAAAGGGGUCAUUGCUGUGUUCCCAACAUUUAUAUGGCACAUAAUGGGAAUGUAAUGGGAACAUGACAAACGGUCUUUUGUUCCCCAGUCCUAGUGAUAUGGUUAGGGGAUUGGGGAACAUAGAUACGCUCUCAUAUCAAAAUACCUGUAUAAGCCUUAAAAGGAUGAAUGAACUGUGAUGAAGAACUUAGUCGACUUUUUUUUAAAACGUUGCUUCUUGGCUCUACAUUUAACACACAGACAGAUUCUAAAUCAGCCUUUUGUCAAGAGAAAAUGAAGUUCUUAGAUUGAGAUAAUCCCAGACGUAAGGUUUCAGAUUACGUUCAAUGGGUGACAGUUCACCAAUUUCAGGGGAACACCAAACUACAUUCCAGAGAUUUUACGAGACAUAUUGUUUGCUAUUUACUACUGGCAGUGGGGGACAGUUUUUCUGCUAAUACGUAAGAACUUAAUUAAAGGCAUGUCUGAAAGGCCUCACCCAAGUAAAUAAAACACUAUGCUAGAUACAUUUAUGUGUAUAGAUACUUCUGUAAGUGUAUCAUAUGCUCAUGAUUAAAUGAUGUAAUGAUGUGGA